AGGCGACAUGGAUGCAUUAUGGGGCGUUGCUGGGAAGAUUGCUGAAAGUGGACCAGCGUCGGCGAACGCAAUUACCUACAUUACCAUUAUCAAUGCCAUACGACAGAGUUUGCUGAUAAACGCACCGAAAGGGGAGAACGAAGUGGAAACUGCGGCAAGGAAAGAGCGCGGCAUCAUAGAAGCACGGCGUAUGUGGGAAGAUAUCAUUGGGAGGUGGAGAAAUGCUGAUCUGGUCAUUGACGAGGAACUGGUUUGUGCAAUGGGAAGACUACUGCUAGUAGGCAGCCGACCACGAGACUGGGAUGACGUGCUUUCUCUGGUGGAACAGACCAUGGAUAUCCCACGACUUGUACCUCGACUGGGCACUGCGGACCGACAGAAAGCAGGUUUCCCACACUUACGAGCCCCGAACGUACCACCGCAGUACCGCGUCGACGACGAGCACCUUUCGCCAGACAAUACUCCUGCGCGUGGAGACGAAUUCCUUCCUCUGAAGCCCAAGGGUGCCCUACCGCACUCCCUUGUAUAUGUCUGGCCGGGAAACAAUACACUCUCCAUCAUUCAGGAAGCUUGCCAGAAGAUUGUUGCAACCAAGGCUGCACAAGAGUAUUGGGAUCUCUUGACCGACCCCAGGACCUACAAGAUCGUACCAGAUCGCAACAACCUACACAUGCGCUUGCGGAACCUUCGCCUGAACCGUGCUUCUGCUGAUGCUGUUCGAUUGUUACAAGAAGAUAUGAUUGGAAAGGAAAUCGAGCCUCGACCUGGCACAUUUAGAAUCGCCAUGAGUGCCUGUGUUCGUGACAAGAACAACCACAACUCUCUCAAGCAUGCCGGUCAAAUUCUAAACAUGAUGUUCAAGACCUUGGAGGAUGCAGACCCGAAGACCAUCACCAUGUAUGCGGAGCUCGCAACCAGCUUUCCUCUUGCCAAGGGCUCGGAUUUGGUGGACGCACUCACUGUUCUCGAUCCCAUCGCCAAGAACAUUCGGCUUCAGUUGGGCGUUGGUGGUAGAGAGAGGAGAUACAAGAAAGUUGCUGGCCCUCAGUACUUGGAAGGCGAGGAGAGGCAAGAUGCGAUCACGGCAUUGAGGAAGAUCCAUGGUGUGUACGACAAAUUGCUGUUUAGCAAUCUGAUUGCCGAGGAGAUGAAGGCCCCGUUCAAAGCUGAGCGAGCACGGCUGUCUGCUUUUAUUCAGAGGAUAUUGUUCAAGGAUGGGCAUUCCAUAUCAAAGAGGAACGUCGAGGAGACGACCGCAUCCGAGGAAGAGGCUUCACCUGAAAAUCUUCAGGGAGAGUCGGAUCAAGGAGAGGUUCAAGAGGGAGAGACAGAAGAUAACAGACCGGAGUGGAAGAAGCAAUGGAUGGGACAAAUAGAGAGGCCGAUACGGCGAAAGAUGAGAGUCUCGUCAGCUACGACAGACAUCGCACAACCAACCACUAUGGGUAACGACGGCGGAUCCAUCCCCAAACGGCGCGAACUCGUCAAAGAAGCCGCAAAAGCCCUAACAACCGCUCAAAUCAAAGAGGCGCAAACCGAACAACAAGAAUACGCCUGGUCCACCGACCCUCUUACCCGCAAACCGCUCGCCCGCCCCGUGGUAUCCGACGCAGCCGGGAUCCUCUACAACAAAGACUCCAUCAUCGAGUACCUCCUCAAAGACGACAGCGAUGUCGAAAAAGCCGAGAUGAAGAAGAUUGGAGGCGUCAAGAACUCCGAGCUAGGCACGUUUGGCGACAGAGUCAAGGGCCUCAAAGACGUCGUCGAAGUCAAAUUCGAAAUCGACACUGCAGCCGAAUCUGGCGCGAGUGAAAAGUGGAAGUGCCCAAUUACUGGGGAGCGACUGGGUGUGGGAAGUAAAGCCGUGUACAUAGUACCCUGUGGCCACGCCUUUGCCGGCAGCGUUAUGAAGGAGAUAUCAGAGAAGGCGUGUUUGACUUGCAACGAGCCCUACGCCGAAAACGACAUCGUACCCAUCCUCCCCACUGCACCCACCGACAUCGCACGCCUGAACUUGCGCUUGAAAACGCUAAAGGAAAAGGGACUCACGCAUACGCUGAAGAAGGCCCCAGGCAGCAAAAAGAAGCGCAAGCACGCUGCCGCCGAUGGUCCUACCUCCUCCGAUACUCAAACCACCACUGCCACUACCAAACCCUCCUCUUCCUCUGACGAAGAUAAAAAGGCUAAAUCUAAAGAAAACGGAACUACGGCUAAAGCUGUGUCGGUGACGAGCGACGGUAUCAAGAAUAGCGCUACUGCAUCGCUAACGCGAAAAGUGCUGCAGGAGCAGGAAGAAAGGAAUAAGAGGCGCAAGAUGGCGCAGAAUGACAAUGUGAAUAGCUUGUUUAGUAACAAGGAGCACAAGGCUGCGGCGGGGAAUAGUGCGGAUUUUAUGACGAGGGGGUUUAGUAUUGGGAAGAAAUGAGUGGGACUGGGGCAAUUUAUCUGUUUUAUCUGUUGUUUUUGGAUAGGUGUGUGUGUGGAAAAGGGAAAAAAAAGAGAGGAUUUGGCAUUAAGGGAGGAGAUGUUUAUUCGUGGAGGGAUCUUUCUACAACGUAGAAGAUUUUAAAGAGUACAAUGAUACCCUGUUACAUUU